UAGUGCCGGACUAAAUCAGCUGACUCGCGCGGGAUGCUAGGUUGAGUCGCAGGACCUCUGGAUCCCAAAACACGUCGCUUGCCGUCCUCACAAUAUGCAUGAACACCUGCGACCAGCCCACUGACUCACGCCGACACACGCAAACCUCCAAGCCCGUGUCAACAUUUCGAGUCCUCGUCCUGCUUCACCAAGCCUCCCGCCGGCAGCCAUGACGGAAUUCUGGUUGAUCUCGGCCCCGGGCGAGAAGACGUGUCAGCAGACGUGGGACAAGCUGAUGGUGGCCACCACGCGCACCAACAACCUGUCCUCCAACAACAAGUUUAACAUCCCUGACCUGAAGGUGGGCACGCUGGACGUCUUGGUGGGCUUGUCUGAUGAGCUGGCCAAGUUGGACACCUUUGUGGAGAGCGUGGUGAAGAAGGUGGCUCAGUACAUGGCUGACGUUCUGGAGGACAGCCGAGACAAAGUCCAGGAGAACCUGCUGGCUAAUGGAUUGGACCUGCUCACUUACAUCACCAGGUUCCAGUGGGACAUGGCCAAGUAUCCCAUCAAGCAGUCUCUGAAGAACAUCUCCGAGAUCAUCUCCAAGCAAGCCACCCAGAUAGACAACGACCUGAAAGCCAGAGCUUCAGCCUACAACAACUUGAAGGGAAACCUGCAGAACUUGGAACGCAAGAACGCGGGCAGCUUGUUGACCAGGAGUCUUGCUGACAUUGUAAAGAAAGACGACUUCGUUUUGGACUCGGAGUACUUGGUGACCAUGCUGGUGGUUGUCCCCAAGAUCAGCUAUGCUGACUGGCAGAAGACGUAUGAGACUCUGGCAGAGAUGGUGGUCCCUCGCUCUACCAAGAUGUUGUUUGAAGACCACGACAGCGGGCUGUUCAGUGUGACAUUGUUCCGGAAGGCGCUGGAUGACUUCAAGCACAAGGCCAGAGAAAACAAGUUCACCGUGCGUGACUUCCAGUACAACGAGGAGGAGAUGAAGGCAGACAAAGAGGAGAUGACUCGCUUGUCCACCGACAAGAAGAAGCAGUUUGGUCCUCUGGUGCGAUGGCUGAAAGUCAACUUCAGUGAGGCCUUCAUCGCCUGGAUACACAUCAAGGCUCUCAGGGUCUUUGUGGAGUCUGUCCUCAGGUACGGUCUGCCAGUCAACUUCCAGGCCAUGUUGCUGCAACCCAAUAAGAAGAACAUGAAGAAGCUGAGGGAAGUUCUCUAUGAACUCUACAAACACCUGGACAGCAGCGCCGCCAUCAUUGAUGCGUCCAUGGACAUUCCAGGUCUGAACCUGAGCCAGCAGGAGUACUAUCCCUAUGUCUACUACAAGGUGGACUGCAACCUGCUGGACUUCAAAGUCUGAGAAGACAGGAGGUCUCACUCUGUCCACCAACUUCUUGUCAUUCCCUUCUUCUUCUUCUUCUUCUUCUUGUCCUGGAAGACAAGAAGAUGUCAAUUUGAACUCCACCCUCUCCCCUCCUCUCCUCCUCCCCUCCCCUCUCUCCUCCCCUCCUCCCCUCCCCUCUCCCCUCCCCUCCUGGCCACCACGACAGAUGCAGAGUCUUCACUUAUUGCAGGAGUACCUGAAUGUUUGUGUUUGGGAGCGUGAUGUCUUUUUAGCCAGUAGAAGUUCAGUGUGUGGCCUGGUUUUACCUUCAAAUAACUGCUGACUGUGUGCUUCCUUGUCCUCGUAUCGGUAUUUGUGUGCAUACUGUAAAGUAUUUCAAAAUGAUAAUAAAUGUUCAAAUCAUUCAAUAA